UUGCAGGAAUCCACGGAAUUUACAUAGCCUUUAGGGUGAUGUGAUUACCUAAUAAACUUUGUGGGGAUAUAACUGAAAAAGAGUGUCCGUUAACGGUGUUUUCUUACCAUUUCAUUCUCUUGGUGUUUGUCUUGCUUGUUGGUUCUUUCUCGUUCUUUCCCUACUCCGGUCGUCGGCUCGCUUUCUUGUUAAAAAAGCUUUACUACUAUAAAGUCACUGUCGAUCCUUUCAGUCGAACCCAGCAAGAGCCUUCUCCUCCCCGUUCAUUUUACAAUGGCCCCCAUCACGAAGUGCAUCGCUCUCUUUUCGCUCGUCCUCUCAGCAACUGCCCUCACAUCCCCUCACAUCUCCAACAACGUUUUCAAUCACCGUCGCGGCGUUGCUCACGUAGCCGUACAGGCAGCUACCAGUCCAGUCGAUGUUCCCCCGACUCCCCGUAAACGUUCUCUGAACAAACGUUGCGUACCUAAACCAUCUGGUAACUCCACUGUAUCAUCCACCUCGACCUCGACCUCUACUUCCGUUGCUGCAACAAGUGCACCGGUUAACGUUGCUCCCUCGCCCGUUAUUCCUACCACCUCCCCGACCUCUUCCCAUUCCUCGUCCACUUCCACGUCGGUCUACCAAGCUCCCACCACAUCCCCAACUCCUACACCCACUCCUACCCCAACUACCACCAGUGCUCCUGCUACGACUUCCACAUCCAGUAGUGGUUCGUCGAACGGCUUCCUGAGCGGCACUCAGAGCGGACAGGGUACAUUCUACGCGACUGGUCUUGGAGCAUGUGGCAUCACAAACAACGACAGUCAAUAUAUUGCUGCCGUCUCGCACUUGUUGUUCGACGCCUACCCUGGCUACGAUGGUGUGAACCCCAACACCAACCCUGUCUGCAACAAGCAAGUCACGGCUCACUAUGGCGGCAAGAGUGUCCAGGUGACGAUCACAGACCGAUGCACGGGCUGUGCACUUCAAGACCUGGACUUUUCACCCUCUGCAUUCACCCAACUCGCUGACGAAUCGUUGGGACGCAUCGACAUCACUUGGGCUUGGUCCUAAUCACCUCCUUCUCGCUACGCUUUCGCGACGAAUGGAUAUAAAGCUUCCUUGUUUUUAUUCUUUAUUCUUGCGGUUAAUACCUCAAGGUAUAUAUAUCCUUUCCGA